AUGGCCUCUAUCUUUCGAGAAGCCCCUGUCGGCCAGAUCUGUCGUCUUAUUCUGGGUCCGCAAGCUGCCCCUUACCCGGACGAGACCAAAGGCUUUGUGUGGCCCCAAGGCUCCGCCACGGUACUGCAGAGCCAAAGUCUUCCCAGCAAUGACAAUGACCCCGAGAAAGCUACCGCGGACGGGCUUGCAGCCUCUGGGUCUCAAUCCUCCUUAAAGUCCGACUCUGAUGCUUCGCUCGUUGAGUGGUACGGCGCCGAUGACCCUGAUAACCCGCAAAACUGGUCGACGUUGAAAAAAUCUUUCACUUUCUUCCAGAUCUGCCUUUUGACCUUCACCGUUUAUGGUGGAUCCUCGAUCAUUACUCCUGCCCAACCCACAUUCAUGGAGAUUUAUGGUGCUUCAAGCCAGGAAUCAUCAUUGGUGCUCUCAAUGUAUGUAUUGGGAUAUGGAAUUGGGCCUCUCUUCUUCAGCCCGCUAUCAGAGAUACCAAGGCUAGGCCGGAAUAUUCCCUACAUGACCUCGCUGCUGCUCUAUAUUAUCAUCACAAUUCCAGCCUCACUGGUCUCAAGCUAUCCUGCACUUGUGGUCCUGCGCUUUAUCCAGGGUCUCUUAGGAGGCCCUGUUCUCGCGACAGGCGGCGCCUCAGCUGCCGACAUCCUAGGCUUUCACAAGAUCCCAUACGGACUGACGUUCUGGACCUGUGCUGCAUAUGGAGGACCUUCGCUAGGCCCCCUGAUAUCCGCUUUCGCAGUUACCGGAAGUUCAUGGAGAUGGUCAAUGUACGAAUUGCUCAUGCUCGGAGGCUUUACAUUCUGCCUUCUCUUCUUCUGCCUCCCAGAGACCAAUCCAGAAACUAUCCUGUUACGCCGUGCAAAACGCCUUAGAAAAGUCACCAGGAACCCAAAGCUACGCUCGCAGUCAGAGAUCAAGCAAGGUGACAUGAACCUUCUUGCACUCAUGGGUCAAUACUUGACAACUCCCUUCAAAGUAACCGUCCAAGACCCAUCCGUCGCCUUCAUAAACAUAUAUACUGCACUUAUUUAUAGUAUAUACUACUCGUUCUUCGAAUCUUUCCCAAUAGUCUACAUUGGUACCUACGGAUUCUCUAUAGCCAUCAUGAGCACCGUUUUUGUGAGCUUACUCAUAGCUUGCGCUUUUGGCACCACUAUCUACCUCCUUCUUGUGUGGUUUAUCUACGAGCCUUAUACAAUGAAGAGCGGAAUCGGUGUUCCUGAGCGACGUCUACUCCCAGGAGUUUUUGCAUCCGUAUUUGCACCGUGUGGCAUCUUCAUUUUCGCCUGGACUUCGAAGGCGAGUAUCCAUUGGAUCGUACCAACGAUUGGGAUAGUCAUCUUUGCUGCUUCAAUGUUCAUUUUGGCAAAUGUUAUAUUUAUCUACCUGCCUACGAGUUAUCCUCGUUACUCGGCAAGUCUCUUUGCAGCAAAUACAUUCCUACGAAGUGCCCUUGCUUGUGCGUCAAUUCAUUUCUCCCGCCCACUAUUCGCCAACUUAGGCAUUUCAAAGGGAUGCAGUCUCCUAGCUGGCUUAACAGCCGGUUGUUUCUUCGGCGUAGUUGGACUUUGGCAUUUUGGAGCUAGGCUAAGGGCACGAAGCAAGUUUGCUGAGACAUAUUGA